AUGAAAGCCGAAGGUGGUCUUGCUAUGUGUAAUGACUGUAUUAGUCUUUCUGUUGAUAUCACUGAAGGAAUUCAGAAGGAGGCUGUUAUCACGUUUUGCAAAAACUGCGAGCGGUUACAGGUACCUCCUACUCACUGGAUUUUUGCUCCUCGAGAAAGUCGAGAGCUUUUAGGAGCAUGUUUGAAGAGACUGAGAGGACUCAAUAAAGUGCGACUUAUCGAUGCCAAGUAUGUUUGGACCGAGCCUCACUCGAGAAGAACAAAGAUCAAGGUAUUGGUACAAGGAGAGGCGCCACAAUUUCCAGGGGUGCUGAUUCAGCAGGGUAUUACUGUGAAUUUCACUGAGACAAGUGCCCAAUGUCCUGACUGUGCCAAAUCAUACACUGCUACUACAUGGAGAGCCAAUAUUCAAGUCCGUCAGAAGGUCGAUCAUAAGAAGACGUUCUUCUAUCUAGAACAACUGAUCUUAAAGAAUCAUGCUCACAAAUACACAGUGUCGAUCCAAGAAAAUAAAGAAGGAUUGGAUUUCUUCUAUAACCAGAGAAACCAUGCUUUGAAGAUGUUAGAAUUUUUAUCGGGUGUCAUUCCUGUUAGAGUGACUAAGAGCUCAGAACUAAUUUCUCAAAAUAUCCACACUAGUGCCAAGAGUUACAAAUUCUCAUACUCGGUGGAAAUAGUUCCUAUCUGUAAAGAAGACCUGGUAGUACUGCCAAAGAAAUUGGCCAAAUCACUCGGAAUAUCCAAUCAGCUAACUCUAUGCUACCGAAUUGGCAAUGCAGUUCAUUUGAUCGAUCCAACGAAUCUUCAGACCGCUGAACUUGCUGCUGGGAUUUACUGGAGAAGUCCGUUCUCAUCGCUGUCAACAGGAAAGAACCUAACCGAAUAUGUUGUUUUGGACAUUGAGCCAGUUGGACCAGCAAAUGGCAAAUUUGCGCUUGCAGAUGUAACAGUAGCUAGAUCGGUUGAUUUAGGAUCUAACGAUACGACAUAUUACGUCAGAACGCACUUGGGAGGUAUUUUACAUCCAGGUGAUACUGUCAUGGGAUAUCAUUUGAGUAACACAAAUUUCAAUCACGCAUUAUGGGAUGAGAUUGAUCAGGAUAAGACACCUGAAGUCAUCCUUGUUAAGAAGUCGUAUCCAGAUAAGAUCCGGUCUAAGACUCGUAACUGGAAGGUCAAACGUAUGGCUAAGGAAUAUAACGACGACACGGUUAGAGCAACUGGUAGAGAAAAGACCAAGAAUAAGAGCAAUGAUGCAUUUGAGCGUGCUCAAAGAGAUUACGAAGAGUUCCUUCGUGAACUUGAGGAAGAUCCAGAAUUACGUACUGAGGUCAACUUGUAUAAGAAUGUUCCCGAAGUGGAUGCUCAAGAAGAAAACGGGGAAGAAGGUGAAGAUGAUGACGAAUCUGAAGAAUUACCAGGCGUGAACUUAGAUGAACUGAAAUUAGAGGACGAUCUAUCUUCGGAUUUAAGUUUUUCUGAUGAUAAUUCUGACGAACCUGAUGAUGAGAAUGACAGUUAG